AUGCAUCCCCGGCGCAGUGCCCAGGACGUCCUACUGUGUGACCUCUGUAAAACUGCCCCCCUACAGAGUCACUGUAAACUUUGUCAUAUAAAUCUCUGUGUUAUCUGUGUCGGUAAACAUCUCUCCGAUUCCUCUAAAGAUCACAAUGUCGUGCCCUUUAUAAAACACAUCAAGUCUACCCCUAACUACCCAAAAUGUCCGAAACACGCCGAAAAACAUUGUGAAAUGUUCUGUGAGAAAUGUGACAUUCCUGUCUGUUCUACCUGCGUCACCUCAGGUGAACAUGAAGGUCACAAAUUUUCAGAUGUUAUGAAAAAACUCGGAUCUAAAACAGAAAGUUUACAAAAAGAUUUAGAGGAACUCGAGACCAGAAUUUACCCGCAAUAUGAAGAAAUGGCGUCCGGUGUCCAAACUGAGAAAGCCGAGUUAGAAACGAAUUACGGGAAACUGACAACAGCCGCCGAUCAACAAGGAGAACUCUUACACCGGGAGAUUACCGCCAUUGUCAACAAGAGGAAAUCCGACAUUACGGAGAUGAAAAACAAACACCUGGCCGCUCUCAAUAAAAAUACAGAUGAAAUUACAAACCGAAUUACAGAACUCAGACAGAUCAUUCAGGACCUGAAGAAAAUACUGGACUCCAAUGACGUCUCCUUAACCUCAUCUUACAAAUCUAGGAAUUCCGAAUUUAGAACAUUACCGCCUAAAGUCCGAGUCACAUUACCGAGUUUCUCUCCUCAGAAAAUAAACAAAGAUCAGCUCAAUGAAAUGUUCGGUUCUCUGUCGCCAUUAUCCAUUAACAUAGAACAUGGCGACACAAUGAAGUCAGCAGAAGCUGUAUCGUCUCCUCCAGUCAAACCAUUACUUGAUGAGCCGCGCCUCACCGCCACCACAGACACUGGGUAUAGACCACGCAGUGUUAGCUGUCUGAGUGAAGAUCAAGUCUGGACAUGCGGGGAUAACGAAAUCAUGGAGCUCCUCAACCUCCGGGGUAAACUACUGACAUCAAUACAAACCAAGUCAGGGUACGAACCACAGGACAUAGCAGUGACACGGGACGGAGAUCUUGUUUAUACUGACUAUAAUGAUAACACUAUAAACUUAGUUAGGAAUAAACAGAUACAGACCGUGAUCACACUACAGGGGUGGUACCCUCUCUUUGUCUGCUGUACCGCCUCUAACCAUCUCCUGGUUACCAUGGACAGUGAUGAUGGAGAACAAUCCAAAGUCGUGCGUUACUCCGGCUCCACAGAGAAACAAAGCAUUCAGUUUGAUGAUCAGGGUCGUCCUCUCUACUCAUCUGGUAACAUUAAAUACCUCAGUGAGAACAGGAACCUGGAUAUCUGUGUGGCUGACUGUGAAGCUAGUGCAGUAGUGGUGGUCAAUCAGUCAGGAAAACUCCGAUUUAGAUACACUGGUCAUCCCUCUAAUACCAAGCAAUCAUUUGAUCCAGUCGGCAUCACUACAGACAGCCAGAGUCACAUCCUGACAGCAGACUGUGACAAUCAGCGUAUCCACAUCCUAGAUCAGGACGGACAGUUCCUCCGCUACAUUCACUGUGGUUUACGCGGUCCAUGUGGUUUAUGUGUGGACAUCAGAGACAACCUCUUUGUGGCUAAUGUAGAUAAUAAAGUGAAGAAAAUUCAGUAUCUAUAAACACAGUGUUAAUUACAGAUCUCACCACGGUGUUAAUUACAGCUCUACACAGUGUUAAUUACAUUUCUAAACACAGUGCAAUUUACAGCCUUGUGUUAAUUACAGUGCCAUGUUAAUUACAGUUCUGUGUUAAUUACAGUUCCUUGUUAAUUACAGCCCUGAGUUUGUGAUGUGUAAUUAACAUGUUCUUGUGUUUGUGUGUGUAAGGAUAGAACACUAGUCUCUCACUGCUGUUUAGUAAUUAUAUCUUACAAUAUCUGUAUUAUAAUUAAUGAGACACUGUUAAUCUUAGUAUACUAAUUACAUAUACUUAUCUAUUGACACAGUAGUUGUGUACUUGUGUUGGUGUGUGUAAGGAUAGAACAUUAGUCUCUCACUGCUGUUUAGUAAUUAUAUCUUACAAUAUCUGUAUUAUAAUUAAUGAGACACUGUUAAUCUUAGUAUACUAAUUACAUAUACUUAUCUAUUGACACAGUAGUUGUGUACUUGUGUUGGUGUGUGUAAGGAUAGAACAUUAGUCUCUCACUGCUGUUUAGUAAUUAUAUCUUACAAUAUCUGUAUUAUAAUUAAUGAGACACUGUUAAUCUUAGUAUACUAAUUACAUAUACUUAUCUAUUGACACAGUAGUUGUGUACUUGUGUUGGUGUGUGUAAGGAUAGAACAUUAGUCUCUCACUGCUGUUUAGUAAUUAUAUCUUACAAUAUCUGUAUUAUAAUUAAUGAGACACUGUUAAUCUUAGUAUACUAAUUACAUAUACUUAUCUAUUGACACAGUAGUUGUGUACUUGUGUUGGUGUGUGUAAGGAUAGAACAUUAGUCUCUCACUGCUGUUUAGUAAUUAUAUCUUACAAUAUCUGUAUUAUUAUAAUUAAUGAAACAUGAUUUAUCUUAGUAUACUAAGGCCAAAUAAUUAAUCAACAGUUUCUCAGGCCCCAUCACAUCUGUUGAAAAUUAUCCACGUGGAUUUUUAUAAAAUCUAUAUUAGUUUAUUUAAGUAAAUGAGGUAACACUUGUGUUAUAGAUAUUUAUGUAAAAGUUUCAGAAACUUUUAUAAAAUUUAAGGUAUCUUUUUGAUCAAAUCCAUUGUUUCAUGCUACAGUCAACAUAAAAACAAAAGAUAACUCAUGCCACAGCCAAGUAAAAACAACCAGCCUGCCUCAUCAAGAUUUUAAUUUUUCACCUGAGAAACUACUUAUUAAUUUUUUGGUCCAAUUACAAAUUUAAUUGUGUUACUAGUUUCUGAUUUCUAUACAAUUCUUUAAACACAUGUGAGUCACUGAAUACAAUUUGAUGAAGGUAAAUCAGUUAUAGUGAAGUACUUAGGAAUUAUAGUUAUAGUCAGUAUUUUGUGUGUAGUCUUGAAUUAUAGUACAUUCACAACUGAGUACUUACAUGUACGUGUAUACUUGUUUUCAUGUGAUGAACAGCUGAUGGAAUGUUAUUCUGUUUGUUAAUUAUAUCCUUAAUUUUGUGUGCUAUUUUUUAUGUGGAUAUAUGAUAGAUAAACAUGAUUUAGA